CCGCUCCAAGGCUGCCCACGACUCGCCCUCACUACCCGCGCCAAACUCCCGGAUAUAAUAAGUCUUGGUCUGGACAAAAAGACUUGAGCCACCAUCACGCGCUGGAUCCACAGCCAGCUCCACUCCGAUCGACGACGUCAGGCUCGAACAGUCGCUGUUAGCACUUUCCGAACUGCCGAAGCCCUAUUUUUUUUCUCAGACCACCCACCACACUGCCUCGAGACACUGCCAUCCGUUGCCCGCACGAGACCAAUUGUCCCAGCAAUGCAGGAGGAAGACUUGGACAUCCUUCGCAACGAGGCCAACGCCGACCCAGACAGGUAUAACACAUGGGAUCCCCAGCGCCAGUUCCGCGAAGAGUACCACCGCCUGCACCAGCAUGACCAGACGCCCAGCGAGCGCAUGCGCAACAUUGCUGCUCAUGAGCGAGGAGAGUCGGUAGAGGGCGCCGACCAGGUUUCAGCCGCGCUCCAGCAAAACGCGACACCGGCGGGAGAAAGGGAAGAGGAGGUCGCCUCGCCUCUGUCGCGCCAGACCACGUCCUCGUCGACCACCAGCUCGACAAGCUCAACCUCGACCCACAGCCCUCGUCUCGAAGAAAUACGCACCGCGCAUUCGACUCCCGCACGCAAUCGCCGCCCAACGGUCAAUUCGCAGACGUCGAGCGGCAACUACCUCACCCUGCACCCCACCGAACGCGACCCCGAAGCCAUCCGCCGUAUCGAGACACACCGUAGCCAGCAUGCAGGUACCGUUGGUGCUUCGCGAGUCGAUUCGCGCCUGUCUAGGACGCUUACACGGCGGCGCACCGAGAAGCCACUGCCCAAUCUGGGAGCGGGAAAACCGUUUCCUCCCCUUCUGCCGGACAGGGAAGAAUACGUCGUCGAGUUUGAUGGUGUAGACGACCCGCUGCACCCCCAAAACUGGCCCAUGAAGAAGAAGCUGGCCAUUGGUGCUAUGCUAGCUUUCGAUGCCCUCUCGGCAACCAUGGGCUCCAGUAUCUUUUCCGCUGCGACAAUUCCCGUGUCCCGGCAAUUUGGCGUGGCUAAUGUCGUGGGUACUCUGGGUACGAGUUUGUUCGUCUUUGGAUAUGCCUUUGGCCCUCUGAUGUGGGCGCCCUUCUCGGAGCUGUACGGCCGAAAGCCUCCGCUCAUCAUCGCCGCCUUUGGAUUCGCCAUCUUCAGCAUUGCCGUUGCCGUCGCCAAAGACCUACAAACCGUCUUGAUCUGCCGUUUUUUCGCCGGUCUCUUCGGCUCCUCCCCGCUAGCCAUCGUCGCGGCCGUCUUUGCAGAUAUGUUCAACAAUAGUGUUCGUGGUCUUGCCGUGGCAGUCUUUUCAGCGACCGUGUUCAUGGGGCCACUUUUGGCGCCCUUCAUCGGGGGUUUCAUCACCCAGAGCUACCUGGGGUGGAGGUGGACCGAGUACAUCUCCAGUAUCAUGGGCUUCGUGGCGUUUGUGUUGUUGUUUUUCUUCCUUGAAGAGACCUACCCGCCGGUAGUGCUCAUUAAUAAGGCGAGUGAGCUUAGGCGACGAACACGGAACUGGGGUAUUCAUGCAAAGCAAGAGGAAAUUGAAGUUGACUUCAGAGAGUUGAUUAUCAAGAACGUCAGCAGGCCCAUGCGCAUCCUCUUUACCGAGCCUAUCGUCUUACUCAUCACCAUUUACAUGAGUUUCAUCUACGGUCUGCUCUACCUCUUCCUGACCGCCUACGCCCUCGUUUUCCAAGGCGUAUACGGGUGGAGUGCCGGCAUUGGCGGCCUUGCAUACUUUGGCAUGGUUGCUGGCGAGGUUAUUGCCUUUAUUGUCGUCGUGUUGGACAAUCCACGCUACAUUAAGAAGCUGCAGGCAAACAACAACAUUCCUGUCCCAGAGUGGCGCUUGCCAAUCGCCAUGGUUGGUGGUGUAUUCUUUACCGGUGGCUUGUUCUGGUUUGGUUGGUCAGGUUACAACGGCCAUGUACACUGGAUUGUCCCUGUACUCUCUGGUCUCCUCACCGGUUUCGGUAUUUUCUCCAUCUUCCUGUCUUUGCUCAACUACAUUGUCGACGCCUACCUCAUGUUCGCCGCUUCGGCCAUCGCCGCAAACACCUUUAUGCGUUCAAUGUUUGGUGGUGUGUUUCCACUAUUCGCCACUUUCAUGUUCAAGGGCAUGGGUAUCCAGUGGGCAAGUACACUACUCGGUUGUGUCGCCGCAGUCCUCGUACCGAUGCCUAUAAUCUUUUACGUUUACGGAAAGAAGAUCCGUGCCAGGAGUAAGUUUGCACCUGCACCGGAUAUCGAGCAGGACAAGAGGAGAGACGAGGAGAGCCGGGGACUAGAGGCAACGGGAGAGGAGGGCAGUGGUGAGAUAGAAAAGGAGAGCGUGAACUGCGAAAACGGAGGACUGCAAAAGGAGAGGAGCAAGGAACAGUAGCGGUGCAACCAAGGAUCAAAAUUUUUCUUCUUGUAUAUUUAACGAUUUUACGUUUUUAAUCCAACAUCCUUGAGCCCC